UUGUUUCCACUGAGAUGAGAGACAAAAAUAGAAUUAUUCCAUGUCUUUUUGGAUGAAUGCCUAGCUGAAACUAUGCUGUAUUUGACUGACACAAGGACGCCGUCUUUGCUGAAUGCAUUUCUUUUUUUUUAAAAAAUGCACUGCAUGUAAUCUUUAAGACUACCCAGGCAAGGGGAGGAAGAGUGGAUUUAUACUAACCUCUUUCUUUGGCCAGUUGCUUUUGUCUGACUCUUUCAGUCGAUCACCAGAUCUUCUUGGCUUCCGCAUAUGCUUGGUGUGCAUCAUCAGAACGGGUUUUUGUCUCUGAAGAAGCAUGUGAAUGAUUUGAGAGAGGCAUGGCUUUCCCUGGGUUACCAGUUCAACGUAUGCACUUAAUCCAAAUGGACUCUGUCCAGCGAUGGAUGGAAGACUUGAAGCUCAUGACAGAUUGCGAAUGCAUGUGUAUUCUUCAGUCUAAACCCAUCAGCACAGAAGACGACACACAGAGUGAAUGUUCCCUUUCAUCACAACGUAGUGCCUGUGACAAUUUGCAAUUAUUGCUGAAAAGGGCUUGGAUUAUAAGCACUGAGCUGACCAGGAUUGUCCAAAAACUGGAGAAGAAUAGAUGGCAGAGGGUUCACAGCAUGACAGUAAGAGUCAAUUGCCACGUCCGCUCAAUGAUAAGUGAAUACAAUACAUUCACAAGAAAUUCCUGGGAAGAAAUGCAUCAGUAUGAAAAAAUGCUAGUGGAAAAAUGUUCAGAACUUACAACUGUUACUGAAAGAUGCAUACAGAUUGAAGAUGAACAAAUACUGAAGGCUAUGAAGGCUUGUAUUAAUGAUGCACUAACCACAGUUGCCCAGUAUUUUGGCCAAUUGAUAGAACUAGCUUUGACCCAUGAAAUAAAGAACUUGGUGAGGGAAAUAGAUUCAUCAGAUAACCUGUAUUCUGCUGAAUCAGCUACUAGCAGCUUACUCAGUCUUACCCACGAAGGCUCUCAUUUGUGUCGCAUCAUUGCUAAGGAAGGUGGCAUUGUUGCCCUCUUCAAGAUUUGCCGCCAGGAUUGCUUCAGGUGCCUGUAUCCUCAGACACUCAGGACGCUGGCAUCCAUAUGCUGUGUGGAAGAAGGAAUCCAAGAGCUGGAAAAGGUUGAUGGAAUAUUAUGCUUAGCUGACAUCCUUACAGAUAAUACGCACCCGCAAGCUACCCACGCAGAAGCUGCAGCAGUGAUUGCUCAAAUCAUGUCUCCUCAGCUCCCCUUCACUCAGCAUCUUGGCAGUUUCCUUGAGAACAUGGAGGAAAUUGUCACAGCACUUCUCAAAUUGUGCCAAGAGGCCACCUCUGGAGAGGUUUUUCUACUGGCUUCAGCUGCGCUUGCCAACAUUACGUUUUUUGAUACAAUGGCCUGCGAGAUGUUGCUCCAGUUGGAUGCAGUCAACAUUCUUAUAUCAGCUUGUUGCAACAAACAGAAAGUAGAUAGUCCAUAUUCCCGAGAUCAGGUUGUGACAAUAUUUGCAAACAUGUCUGUCCUGGGCCAAUGUGUUUCAGAAGUAAUCCAAGGAAAUGGUGUUCAGGUUUUAAUGGACAUGCUGUUUGAGAAAUCAUCUUCUGGGAAUCCACCAGAAGCAGCUGCUUGCGAACGAGUUCAACAAAAAGCUGCAGUUACACUUGCUCGGCUGAGCCGUGAUCCUGAUGUGGCGCAUGCGGCUAUAAAGCUCAACUGUAUCCCACGACUAAUAGAGCUUUGCAGGUCUCCAACUGAAAGAAAUAACAGCGAUUCUGUUCUGGUUGCAUGUCUGGCAGCAUUGCGUCGAUUAGCUGUGAUGAGUCCUGAUGGACUUCAAGAGUCUGACUUCCAGCAGUUGGUAAAGCCCCGGCUUGUGGAUUCCUUUUUGCUUUGUACCAACAUGGAGGAAAGUUUUGUAUAAAUAAAGGCCCUUACCACAAAGAAAGCAAUUAAUACUGUGCAGCUACAGUAUUAUUUAUGAUUAAUUUAUUUUAAAUGCUUAACAUCGAAAACCCAACACUGUUCACUUCUAAUCCCUCUUCUGUAUGCCAGGGCAAUUGCUGUUACAUAGAAAGGGAGGCUUCUCAAUACAGCUCCACCAAAAUUUGUUAAGGGUUUGAGUUCUGGCCAGAAGAGUAUAGCUGGAUAUGUAUUUAGAGAGACGAGCACAUAGGAGAGCCAAAAAAUUGCCCUAAAUCAAUAAUGUGUAGUGGGUAGAGUCUAUAAAUUUGCAGACAAUUAUAAUCUUACUGUUUAUAAUCUGCACUCCUCUUUUAAAGGGAAAUAAUAUGUAAGAAUGUCAUUUUUAAAAUAAAAUGAUCAUCAUCCUGAAGAACAUAAGAAUAUGAGAAGCCUGCUGUGUAAAGGGUUCUGUUUCAAAACUUGGAAGAUUACCGUAUUUUUCACACCAUAAGACACACUUUUUUCCCACAAAACAGGGGGGUG